ACCUUAUAUGUGUUCAGGAGAACCAACUCAGGUGGUCAGGUUGUUAGGCUUUCGAAGCAAGCUCUUUUCCCACUGAGCCGAACAACUUAACAACUGCCUCCCCUUCGUUUUUCUUUUUUUCCCCUUUGAGACAGGGUUUCACAGUGUAGUCCCAGCUGGCCUCCCUCUGGACAUCCCCUUGCCUCAGCUUCCCUAGUGCUGGGAUUACAGGCUUGUGAUACCUCACCACGGUUGACUGUUUUUUGGGGGGGUCCCUUUCAUUCUUUUACUAGCUAAAACUCUGAAACUAAGUCCAUCUUAGUGCAUCUGUCUCUAAGUCCUCAGUGUUCUUUGUUCAGUGGCCUUCUGCUUCCAGCAUCAUAUCCAACCUAAAUUUCAGAGGUCCUGGGGGAAGACUCAAGAGGAAAAUGGGAGAAAGGUUUCUGGGGCUCCCUAGACUACAAGAGUGUCUUUCUUUGGUUUUAGGGAUGUUGUUUAUUGUCAUUUGGAGGAAAGCAUCCCCCCAGAAAAGGAGUUCUGGGUAGUGUUAGUUGCCGUGUGGGUGCUGGGAACAGAAUCCAGGUCCUCUGCCAGAGCAACAAGUGCUCUUAAGUGCUGAGCCAUCUCUCCAACCCUGGAAAGUAUCUGAAAUAGAGAGUUGAGUUUGGGAAACCGAACUUCUAGGUUUUGUGCAUAGGUUUGAGCCGUCAACUUGGCACAGGUGUUCCAGCCUUUUUCUUAGAGGGUAAGUACCAAAUUGGCCGUCCAGACAUUACCGUGGAGUAGUCUCCUAGUUUGGGUGGUGAUCGUUAAUGAGAAGGGACGAAAACCCAAACCUUGCAGGCUAGAAACUUCCUAAUGGUUUUUGAAAUUACUCUCUAAAGCAGCUUCUUUAUCUAAGGCAAAACCACGACGGGAAAAACAUAAGCAAGCAACCUCUGAUGGGAGUGGGAGAGACAGGCGCCGGAAUCAUGCGUGCUUUGGUAGAGUGAGUCUGGGGGAUCACAGACUGCUCUGCAGCUUCGAGACCAGCAGAUAGGCCCUGAGCACCUCUGGGGGUUGCGGAUGCCCAGAGCCCAUUGUCCCUAAAACCCAUAGUUAGAGAACUGGGGCCCUGCAGGAUGGAGGAGGCUCGGGAAGUAGUGGGCCUGUGGCUGCAGAAGGUGCCUAGCUUUCAAACGAACACUUGCAAUGAGACUACAGAUAAGAGGGGCGGAUUCGUGGCUUUGGAGGUACUGAUUUGUCCACCUCUGGGAGGGAGCGGAGAGGCGUGUCUGUCCUGGCCCCGUGGAUGAUGCAAUGAAAAGGUUCCAGUUGCAGCUGUAGAUUGGCUAGUUUCCGGACGCCGCACCGUGCAUUGGCUGAAGUGGAGUGGGGGCGGGGCCGGUGGGCGUGGGUGCCGCGUGGCAGAUGCAGAGGGCUGGGCCCUCGCGGGUGUCGCUGAGCCCAGUUUGCAGCUGCCCUGCAGAGCCGGCGCUAGCUGUGAAGGCCGUGGGUGCUGGACCUCCGGACAUGAGCGUGGGUUUCAUCGGGGCGGGCCAGCUGGCUUUUGCCCUAGCCAAGGGCUUCACAGCAGCAGGUGUUCUGGCUGCUCACAAGAUAAUGGCCAGCUCCCCAGACAUGGACCAAGCCACGGUCUCUGCCCUCCGGAGGAUAGGGGUGAACCUGACAUCUCAUAACAAAGAGACAGUGCGCCACAGUGAUGUGCUCUUCCUGGCUGUGAAGCCACACAUCAUCCCCUUCAUCCUGGAUGAAAUUGGUGCCAACAUUGAGGACAGACACAUUGUGGUGUCCUGUGCAGCGGGUGUCACCAUCAACUCCAUUGAAAAGAAGCUGACAACAUUCCAGCCAGCUCCCAAAGUCAUCCGCUGUAUGACCAACACCCCGGUCGUAGUGCGGGAGGGUGUGACUGUGUACGCCACGGGCACUCACGCUCAGGUGGAGGAUGGCAGACUCGUGGAGCAGCUCAUGUGCAGUGUGGGCUUCUGCACAGAGGUCGAGGAAGAUCUGAUUGACGCUGUCACGGGGCUCAGUGGCAGCGGCCCUGCCUAUGCUUUCACAGCCCUGGAUGCUCUUGCUGAUGGUGGUGUGAAAAUGGGACUUCCAAGACGCCUGGCUGUCCGCCUAGGGGCCCAGGCCCUCCUGGGGGCAGCUAAGAUGCUACUAGACUCAGAACAGCAUCCAGGCCAGCUCAAGGACAAUGUCUGCUCUCCUGGUGGGGCCACCAUCCAUGCCUUGCAUGUGCUGGAGAGUGGGGGCUUUCGCUCACUGCUUAUCAAUGCUGUGGAGGCCUCCUGCAUCCGCACUCGGGAGCUGCAGACCAUGGCUGAUCAGGAAACUGUCUCUCCUGCUGCCAUCAAAAAGACUGUCCUGGACAAGGUGAAACUGGACUCCUCUGCUGGGGUCUCCCUGUCUUCUGGCCAUAUCAAGCCACUGCCCUGCAGCCUGGCCCCAGCAGGCAAGGAGUGAUUCAUCUGCCCAUCCUCCUCAUGCUCUCUGCCCCCUCUAUCUAUCUAUCUAUCUAUCUAUCUAUCUAUCUAUCUCUUUUGAGACAGGGUUUCUCUGUGUAGCCCUG